ACAAAAAAAAAAAAAAAGGAAAAAAAGAAAAGAAAGAAAGAGUAAAGAGAGUAGACUAAAAUAAGUCAUGCGUCACCGGUUUGUUUAGUUAAGGAAGGAGGGAGCAAAAAAAUGGCUCCGCCUUGGUAGAAUAGAAGUGUGUGGGUAGGUGGUGGUGGUGGUGGUGGUGGCGGUGGUGGCUCGCUGAUAUGGAGGACAACAAGAAGCCCUCCUGUCUCCCAUCCAACUACGUCACACUCGUUCAGCUUCAAGAGCGUUGGCUCAAAGAGAAAGAAGAAAAACAGAAACACAAGGAACAGCAAGAGAAACAGAAAAAGGGAGAAGGAAAACAGGAACAGAAGGGAAAGCUUCAACAUCAAAACGCUAUCGCUCGGAGAAGCCAACCCGUUUCUAAGUCUCUGAUACUUGGUAGAGUGGAAAGGAAUCAGCUAGAUAAGCCGGAAGCUUCGGUAUCGGAAGUCGGAGUCGGUAGGGAUAAUAAGAAUGUUGAUCAAGAGGGAAAAAGCAUCAACUCCAAGAAUAAGAAGAAGAAGAGCAGGAAGAACACCUAUCGGAAGAAGCAGAACCCUGAACUUGUGGUUGAGGAGCGGAAGGAGGUCACUGAAAACGAUGGUGUGGCACACAAGCCACCGGCGAACAAAGUGGGGGAAGACGUGCAGGGGACACGGAACAAAGGAAGCAGAGGAAUGGAAGGUAAAUUUAGGGCAAAGAGCAGCAGCAGGGAUUUGAACCGAACGAAGGUUGAAGUUGAAACCAAAUUUAGGGAUUUGUCGGUGCAUGAUUCGAAUGGGAAAGGGUGUAAUGGAAUGAAGCAAAACCCUGAACUUGUGGUCGAGGAGCGGAAGGAGGUCACUGAAAACGAUGGUGUGGCACACAAGCCACCGGCGAACGAAGAGGGGGAAGACGUGCAGGGGACAUGGAGCAAAGAAAGCAGAGGAAUGGAAGGUAAAUUUAGGGCAAAGAGCAGCAGCAGGGAUUUGAACCGGACGAAGGUUGAAGUUGAAACCAAAUUUAGGGAUUUGUCGAUAAAUGAUUCGAAGGGGAAAGGAUGUAAUGAAAUGAAGAGGACUAGCACUUAUAAUGACCGUGGUAAAAGGGAGUUGAGGGACUACGGGUCUCGCAGAUUAUCUCACAAACAAGUACGAAACCCAAGAGACGCUGGAUUGAUUUGGGUGAAGAAAGGGGAGCCUUUUGAUGGCAAUGUUGCUAGAAUGCAGACAUUGGAGGGCAGUCAUUCUGUAUCUGGUCUCCAAGAUAACAUCCGUUUUGAUGUGAAUAUUAAACAACCUCGCACCUUGGCACAUACAAUUGCAGUUGCUCGGCUAAUGGAGGAGCAAAAUCAGUUACAAAAGAGACAGAGCCGACAAUAUUGCUUCCAAUCAACUUCGGCAACCCUCAACUCAAGAGUGGGUGUCCUAGGUCCUCUACCAAACCAGCUUCUGAAUCCAAGUUCGUACGCUAGUCCAACAACAUCACGGCGAAUCACCAAUCAAAAGGUGUGAGAAUGUCAAGAGAAGGGAUUAUGUUACUAUUAUGAUGAGAAGUUUGUUGCGGGUCAUCAAUGCUAGCGAUUAUGAUUGAAGACUCAAUGCCUAUGGAAAAUGGAGAAACCAUAGAAAAAUCUGUGGAAGAAUAAGUAGCGGUUUCCUAAGACAUAACCUGAUUUCAUCCUCAAGGAUGUUGUUAGUGGGAGGGGUUUUAUGGUCCUAAGUUAGCGCCAUGCGCCGUGCAUGUCCCAAGGCCUGAUCGGUGUGGGGACCUUGGUCAGAACUGUUAAAGCAUGCGUUGUAGUGCAAUUGUUGUUAUUGUUUUGUUAAUAUUCGUCACCUUUCCACUAUGUCGUGCAGUUAAGUAUAUCUUAUAAAUGUGGUUGUCGUCCUUAUAUA